AGGGAGCCCGCCCGGGCGGUGCCAGGCGGAAGCGCCUCUGCCAUUGGCCCAGCAGCGGCUCUACCUGAGCGGAGCCUCUGGGCCAGGAGCUCAAAGUCCGCCGCGCGGGGCCGAGGCGGCGGCGGUCGGCAGCGCAGGUGGGCGCGCUCGGCCAGUCAAGAUGCCCCUAGGGCUUCGGGGAAAGAAGAAAGCCAAGUCUAAGGAGGCCGCCCGGCUGGUGGAGGGCGAACCGGCGGGGGCCGGCAGCCGCAGCCUCCCGGCCCAGGCUCCCAGACACAAGCUGGUUUUCCACACGCAGCUGGCGCACGGCAGCGCUACGGGCACAGUGGAGGAUUUCUCCAGCAUCCAGGAGCUCUACGCCAAGAUCGCGGGCGCGUUUGAGAUCUCGCCGUCGGAGAUCUUGUAUUGCACUUUAAACACACCUAAAGUUGACAUGGAAAGGCUCUUAGGAGGACAGAUAGGUCUUGAAGAUUUCAUAUUUGCUCAUGUGAAAGGAAUUAAAAAAGAAGUAAAUGUGUAUAAAACUGAGGAUUCACUUGGUCUCACCAUUACAGAUAAUGGUACUGGCUAUGCUUUUAUAAAGAGAAUUAAGGAUGGUAGCCUUGUUGACUCAGUUAAAACAAUCUGUGUGGGGGAUCAUAUUGAAUCCAUAAAUGGAGAAAAUAUUGUUGGAUGGCGUCACUUUGAUGUUGCUAAGAAGUUAAAGGAAUUAAAAAAAGAGGAACUUUUUACCUUGAAGUUAAUAGAACCUAAGAAGGCAUUUGAAAUAGAGCCAAGGUCAAAAGCUGGAAAGUCGUCAGCAGGAAAAAUUGGUACUGGAAGAGGGACACUUCGAUUGAGAUCAAAAGGCCCUGCUACCGUGGAAGAAGUGCCCUCUGAAACCGAAGCAAAGGCAAUUAAAAAGAUUGAUGAUCUUCUUGAAUUAUACAUGGGAAUUCGAGAUAUUGAUUUAGCUUCCACAAUGUUUGAAGCAGGAAAGGACAAAGUUAAUCCAGAUGAAUUUGCUGUGGCGCUUGAUGAAACUCUCGGUGACUUCGCAUUCCCAGAUGAAUUUGUCUUUGAUGUUUGGGGAGCCAUUGGUGAUGCCAAACAAGGACGAUUAUGAUGCGGAUGAUCCACCUCUGAAGUUUCUUUUUUUAAAACCCUAGGGUCUGAUUUUUGACACCAUUACAAACUCUGGUUUAGUUUUAUAUAUGUAUGCAGUACAUUCUUUGAAAUCUAAUUUUGGUAUUUUGAUUUUUGGGUACCUUUUAUGCAGUUGCUUACAUCAUAUGCUUAAACUUAUCUAAAAUUUUGGUCAAUUUUAAUAUUUAUUCUAGCUUUUUUGAAGUGAAUUUUAAGGAAUAUUUCUAGGUAGAAGAUUUUGCUCCUCAUUAACACUCAUGCUUUGUUGUCUAUGUGUAAGUAGUUGUACGCAAUACCUUUGUGAUUUUUUUUGCCAAUUCGCCAUGCAAUGAACAAUAGGAUUUCAUUAUGAUUUACCUUGUAGCAUCUUAAUAUUGUUAUCCUAGCUUGACCAGUAAAUUAAAUGUAAAUUAUGCCUGCUAUAGCUCUAGAAGCAUUGCCUUUAAUCCUCUGUAAAAUGAGGAUUGAUUUUCUUUUUUGCUUCUUUGUAUUUUCUCACAAAACUUGCAAUUGAAAUCUGUUGUGCUGUGUGUGUAUGUAUGUGUGUGUGUUUGCAUGUGUGAAAGAGAAGAGGCAGGUAGGGUAGAACCAUUUAUAUUUGAUUUUUUUUUAGCAUGUCUUAAAACAUUAUUUCUUUUUUCACUCAUAGUUACUUUUAUGUUACCCUUUCUGAACCCUACAGAGACACUUUUAAAUUCUUUGUAGAACAUUUUAUUUGAAAGAUGUUUACUCAGAAAGUAGCUGCAUGUGAGAAUAAUUUUGGGGGUUAAAGAGCAACUCUUUAAAACCACCUAAACUUUAAAGAAGAAAUAUCAGAAUAUACCCACUCCCAACCCCACCAGUGGAAAUAGAGGAGGAAGAGAGAAUUGAGAAAAUAUAUUAGCCUGUUAUUUUAGAGUCCUAACACACUCUCUCUAAAUCCUUACAUUAUUGAGAAAAUUGAGGAUAAAUGACUGCCUUAUCACUCUUAUUGACAUUUUACCUUUGUAAGAGAAAAUGGAAAUGAAUGGUUUCAACAUAGAUAUUUAAUAAAACAGAGCAUGGUGUGACCAA